AUGCAAUAUACGUAUAUCCCACCUUGUGAUUCCUUAUUCUAACAAUUCUAAAAAAAUGGGAAAAUAACUCGGAUUGAUUUGGUUACUAUUUUGAAGGUGAUGAAUUUCAAUGAAAUGUAAAUAAACAACAUGCUAUCCAAAUUCAAUGAUGAUGAAAUAAGUAAAAGUAAUUCAGUAUUUAGAUUAUAAUUAGUUUAUGCUUUGUUUCAUGGUUCAAAAUAUGCCCACUUAUAGAUUCCCCACUCAACCGUAGCCUCCUAUUCCUCAGCAGGUUGAGUAAGAUUGGAAUCAGCAAAAAUUUACUUAAGAAUAAUAAUAAUAAAUCUAUGAGGAAUUCAAAACACUUUUAAAAGGUUAAGAAUAUGACAAGGUAGUGAAUCUCCUAUGUAAGAAGACUUAAUGAAUAUUUUUAGUGUAGUAUAAGGAAAUGGAUUUGGUGAAUGUAAUUGAUUCGCAAAGCAAAUAGAUCUGUUCUUACAUAGUGGUGUAAUUUGAUAAUGAAGGGUUGGCACUGAAAUUUCUGUCUUUGUUGACAGAAUUUAGAGUUAAUUUAAAUUUUAAGGAUGGUUUAAAAUAAUCAAUACUCUUUUACAUCUGCAGAGAUGGUAAACUGAAAUUACUUGACUUUGUAUUAUCAUAGAAGGCAGUAAACAUAAACGAUCAAGAUUAAUAUGGAUAAACCCCUUUGUUUUAUGCAGCCAGAGAUAAUAAAAUAGAUAUAGUAACAAGGUAUACCUAAAGAGUAUGUUGUUAGACUUGUAUCAGUUGGUGCCAAUGUCAAUUUGGUGGACACUCUCUCCAAUCAAACAGCUUUAUUCUAUUCAGCCAGAGAAGGACAUGCUGAAAUCUGUAAAAUCUUGAUUGACGUAAGAAUCUUUCGCUAUUUAGAAUGGCUGUAAUCCAAAUCAUCAAGAUCAACACAAAAAGACUGCUUAAUUCUUUGCCAAGAGAUUUUAGAGGAAAGAAGUGAUGGAACUAUUCAAUUCGUAUUUUGGAAAGAGCAAAGAUGACUUCAAACAAAAUUCUAAUUAUAAUAACGACAAUAGCAAAGGAGAACAACCAAAAUAAUAGAAGAAGAAAAAUAAGGAUUUACCAAAGUAAGCAUAUAAAUUGAUGUUUACUGAUGAAUAUGGUAAUCUGUAGGAAGUUACUUCCACUGAAUUUGCGAGAUUUCAAUAGCAAUACCCUUAGAUUGCCAAUUUAAUUAUAAAUGCUGAUGAAUUAAUUGACGAGAAUGUCUUGAAUUCCAUGAAGGAUGAUGAACUCUGGGAAAAGCUGGCUAAGAAGGUGUUGCAAAUACUGUGGAAAGCAAAAGGAGCCCAAUUGUUUCAUAAUCCUGUGGAUGAAAAAAAGUAUGGUAUCAAUGAUUAUUAUGAUAUCGUAAAAAAGCCUAUGGACUUUGGAACUGUUAAGGUAUUGAAUUCAUUUUAAUUGAUAGCAAAAACUAAAUGCUAAUCAAUACAAAAAUUGUAAAGAAUUCUAUAAUGACAUCCUUUUGGUGUUUGAUAAUUGUGUAUUAUAUAAUGGAUCAGAAAAUGAUAUCGGUUAGAUUGGACUCGCAUUGAAAUAGGAGUUCUUGAAUUAAGUAGAAUAGACUGGUCUUAAAAAACAUUUACAAUGA